AAUGAGAGAUGAUGAAUUCAAAUGGCAUGGGUAUUGAAUAUACUAUAAAUCAUUACACUUGAAAUUGUUUAAUUUUACAGACCAACUCCUUUAAAUGUGAGGUGGAUGGUACUUGUAUGUAAUUGUAUGCAACCACUUGAAAACAUUUUAUUUUGUUUACAUAUUUGACCCAGAAUUAUUAAUAUUAUUCUGUGUUUAAAAUGUGCUGAGUAACUGGAGUUAGCGGAACUCAAAAUAACGAGCAUUGUUGCUGAGGGGAAUGUUAAACGUGAGGGACUGACAUUCCAUCAUAGUACCAUGUGUUCGAGCGACUCAUCGAAUUUGGGAAGCUGUGUAUUCUAAUCGAACGUGGUAUUAUUUAAACAUGCGAGAACAAUCAAAUGUACCAGAGCCUUCCAGCUAUGAGCGGGUAGUGAUGAAAAAUUUUUCAGAGUACCACUACAUGAAGAUCCAGCUUGUGUUCCAAGAAGAAAGGAUCCAGUUGAAUGCUGCACAGUUUAAGUUAUUGAUUGUUACAGCUUUAAAGACACUGCAUGGAGAGGUGGGAGCAUCUUUUCCUUUGGACCUGUUGAAAUAUGAUGAAAAGACACUCUGUGCUAUACUAAGAAUAAGUAGCAGUGGACUGGUGAAACUGUGGACUGCACUAACACUGUUGGGGCAGUAUCAGAGCCGAGAGUGUGCAGUUCGAGUGAUACAGACCUCCCCUUUCUUGUUGGCAUUAGCUGGUAACAGCAGAGAACUGGAUCUUGGAUAAUUUCGUAUUAAUCUCCAGUAACCAUGCUAA